GGCGCGCGGCUUCGGGUGGUCUCGGCUAGGCUCGGCUAGGCUCGGGCGGCCUUCCUCGAGCGGCGCGCUUCGGGCUCCAUCCCGACCUUCGGGCGGCCCCGGCCGGCGCCUUCGGACGGGCUCGGUGGAGUCCGGAUGGAGGACUCGGACUCGGCCGCCAAGCAGCUGGGCCUGGCCGAGGCGGCAGCCGUGGCGGCCGCGGCCGCUGUAGCGGCGGCGGCCGCGGCCGCGGCGGGAGGCGAGGCGGAGGAACGGGUGCUCAGCAGGGACGAGGACUCGGAGGAGGACGGGGACGCCGAGUCGGAGCGCGAGACGCGGCGGGUGACGGCCGUGGCGGUGAUGGCCGCCGAGCCCAGGCACAUGGACAUGGGCACCGAGGCCCUUCCUGGCCCCGACGAGGCUGCCGCGGCCGCCGCCUUCGCAGAGGUGACCACUGUGACGGUGGCCAAUGUGGGCGCCUCGGCGGACAACGUCUUCACCACAUCGGUGGCAAAUGCUGCCUCGCUUUCAGGACACGUUCUGUCCGGUAGGACCGCCCUGCAGAUCGGGGACAGCCUGAACACGGAGAAGGCCACGCUAAUCGUGGUGCACACGGACGGCAGCAUCGUGGAGACCACCGGGCUGAAGGCGCCCGCUGCUCCCCUCACCCCAGGUCCUCAGUCUCCUCCAACUCCUCUAGCUCCCGGCCAGGAGAAGGGCGGCAGCAAGUACAACUGGGACGCGUCCGUGUACGACAGCGAGCUGCCUGUGCGCUGUCGCAAUAUCAGCGGCACCCUAUACAAGAGCCGGCUGGGCUCUGGUGGCCGUGGGCGCUGCAUCAAGCAGGGGGAGAAUUGGUACAGUCCCACGGAGUUUGAGGCCAUGGCGGGGAGAGCCAGCAGCAAAGACUGGAAAAGGAGCAUCCGCUACGCGGGGCGGCCGCUGCAGUGCCUCAUCCAGGAUGGGAUCUUGAACCCUCACGCGGCUUCCUGCACCUGUGCUGCCUGCUGCGAUGACAUGACGUUGAGCGGCCCCGUCCGGCUCUUUGUCCCGUACAAGCGGCGCAAGAAGGAGAAUGAGCUCCCUGCAGCUCCGGUGAAGAAGGAGGCGGCUAAGAACAUCACGCUGCUGCCAGCCACCGCUGCCACCACCUUUACUGUGACCCCCUCAGGACAGAUCACUACCUCUGGCGCACUGACCUUUGACCGGGCGUCCACUGUGGAGGCCACCGCCGUUAUCUCGGAGAGUCCGGCACAGGGUGACGUCUUUGCGGGAGCCACAGUGCAGGAAGCCAGCGUGCAGCCCCCGUGCAGGGUGGGUCCCGCGGAGCCCCACUUCCCUGGGUACCAGGACAGCUGCCAGGUCGCACCGUUUCCAGAAGCUGCGCUGCCAACAGCUCAUCCCAAAAUCGUGUUGACAUCCUUGCCGGCCCUGGCGGUCCCGACCUCCAACCCCAGCAAACCCAUUUCUCCCGUGAUGGUCAACGGGCUGGAGAUGUCGGAACAGCGGCACUGGCUGUACCUGGAGGAGAUGGUCAACUCCUUGCUGAACACGGCGCAGCAGCUGAAGACAUUGUUUGAGCAGGCCAAGCAGGCCAGCUCCUACCGGGAAGCCGCCGCGGCCCACGCCAGAGCCCAGGCGGACGCGGAGCGGAAGGAGCAAUCCUGCGUCAACUGUGGCCGGGAGGCCAUGAGCGAGUGCACCGGCUGCCACAAAGUCAACUACUGCUCAACCUUCUGCCAACGCAAGAUGUGCCCUGGCUUUUCUUACAUAAACUGACCUAAAGUGAGUUUCCAGAACCUCAGUGCUCAUGCUGGGGCCGCAGUGAACACGGGAUGUGGAAGGAGAGGGCUGCAGUGCUGGGUGGCCUCCGUGUGGCCUCCUGGGGGCUCCACACGCUCCUGGAAGCACUUGCAAAGGCCGGUAAUCGUGCUCAGUAAUCGUGCUCGUCGUUUUGUGCUUGGGCUAGUUUGGGGUGUUGACUCGAAGACUUCAUUUUGUUUGCAAAUGUACGUGAGGGCGUGUGAAAGAGAGAAACACAUCCUCACAGAGCAUAAUUUACAGCCAUAAACUUCGCCCGUGUUGAGGGUACAGCUCAGUGCCUUCGUGAACUUGAAGUUGUGCAGACAUCACACACAGCUCAGUUUCAGAACUUCCCGUCAUCACAAAACACCCCGCAAGCCCAGCUCCGCCUCUGGUGAGCACGAAGCUACUUCCUGUAGAUUUGCCUUUUCUGGGUGUUUUGUGCAACUGGCAUCUCGGUGUGGUAGCCUGUCGGUGCCUCGGUCUUCUGGCUGAGUGCUGGUGCGCGGUGUGGACGCCCGCCUCUUGUCUCUGCGCUCCUCCGUGAGGCACGGCCGGGCUGUCCCACUCUUUGACUGUUGUGAACAUUACAUACGAAUUUGUGAGGGUGGCCGUGCGUUUGUCUGUCUUGGCGAGGAGUGGAUUUGCUAGAUCACAUAGUAAGUUGAUGUUUAUUAAGAAAACUCGAGAGCGGUGGUUCCACUUUGCACCCAGUGGGAGUGGGUGGGGCUCUGGCCUGGCCACGCCCUCCCACGCGUGUGACUGGCUGAUUGUAACCACUCCCCUGG